GCUGAUAUGAAACCGUUUUCUGUCAAAGCGAAACGCGACUAACAUAGGUGGCAGUAGUCAGCAACCGUGGUUAGUCGAUCGGUUGUUUGUAACAUGUUUUAAUUCGUGCCUUUUCUAUAAUGUUUUAUUGAUCAUGGCGUUAAAACUUUUACGUGAUGUGAUAUAUUGAAAAUCAUAGACUUUAAAGGAGCAGUAGACUGGUCUUAAUAUGCUUGAGUAAGAGAAUACGUUACUAAUAUGGUAAAAUAUUAAUAUAGGUUUUGCAGAGGAGUGCUUUACAAGGAGAAAAGUACGAAGGUCGGCGUUGAACUAUGAAUCUGCACUACCACAACAAAAUACCGGUUAUGGUAUCUAUCAGAAAAGUGUGUAUAUAUAUAACCAAUUUUCUGAGACACUUUUAGGAUUUUAGUAAAUGUAAUCAGCACGGAAAAAUAUGUCUGAGAUUUAAACAUAUUAGUUACAAGCCAAUACAGUUGUUGGUUUGAUACCAUAUACAUUCUAACAAUAUAUAAGAUCGAAUUUGAAAAACAAAUACAAUGUGUGUUGGAACAAAAUGUCUAGAAAAUUAUAUUAUAUUUGAAGACGAAUGCCUCCGACAGAUUGUGUAAUUGACAUGGAGUUUAUAAAAAAGAAGCGAGCUGUUGCGACGGACGGUGAACAAGUCACGGAUAACGACACUCGAAUACGGAUUAACGUUGGCGGCACACUUUUCGAAACAUGGCGUAGUACUCUGGAGCGGAUCCCCGGAACGCGGCUGGCCUUAUUGACCGUCAUGGGGGAGGCGGAUAGCACAUGGGACCGCCAAAGAAAGGAGUUCUUCUUUGACAGACACCCCGGGGUCUUCCAGAUGGUCAUGCAUUAUUACAGGACAGAGGAGCUUCACACCGACCAGAACUUCUGUGGAAACAUAAUUCAGGGGGAGCUGAUUUUCUGGGGCCUCACUGAGCUGGACAUCGAGCCGUGUUGCUGGGGCCACUACAGCAAGUACAAGGAGCACAAGGAGACCCUGGCCGCCCUGGAUGACAACUUCACACAACAGAACGACGAAGAGGCGUGGCAAGAAAAACUCACGGGAUUCAAGAGGUUUAAACACCGUGUCUGGCAGUUCAUGGAGGAGCCGUCAAUGUCACGUGGUGCAAAGAUUUAUGCAGUGGUAUCCAUGUUUUUUGUCGUGCUAUCUAUCGCCAUUUUCUGCAUGGAGACCUACCACUGGUUCCGCGUCCCCAUCCCUGGCGCCGUGGCCCACAAUGCCUCGGUGUAUCAGCACUACUGGUCCCCAACUAAGGACCACUGUGUUAAAGAGAUACACACACAGGGCAGGUACGCGUUUGGUGAGACAGAGCCACAUCCUGCGAUGACUUACCUUGACUAUAUGUGCGCCGUGUACUUCACAUUAGAAUUCGGCAUUCGGCUGUUUAUCGCUCCCAAGAAGUGGGUUUUUAUAAAAGGUCCGCUGAACGUAAUCGACUUCUUGUGUCUGGUUCCACAUCUGACAGCCAUCAUAUUGAAGCUAGCAGAUCCCUACGGGGCCUCCAAAGAGACCGGACAUUUGUUCCGUGCUUUCCUAGCGUUACGGACAGUACGAAUUCUCAGAAUAUUUAAACUGAUGAAACAUUACAGCGCUUUUAAAAUUCUCGUGUACACCAUAAAGGUCUCCACGAAAGAGCUGCUGUUGCUUGUUGUGUUCCUGUUUACCGGAGUGUUGAUCUUUGCAAGCAUGAUUUUCUAUGCUGAGCCGGAUGUGUUUGACAGUAUACCGGUGGGCUUCUGGUGGGCGCUGGUCACAAUGACGACAGUCGGUUACGGCGACAUUGUCCCCAAGACAGAGGGCGGGUAUCUCAUAGGUUGUGUAUGUGUACUUUGCGGCGUGCUGACGGUUGCUUUCACUGUGCCCAUAGUCGUUAAUAAUUUUACACUGUACUAUUCACACGCACAGAGUCGAAUUAAACUACCUGUGCAUAAAAGAAAAGAACUAAAAAGGAAGAUUUUCUUGAAAAAUCAAAAGUCAUUGGAGUUCCUGCAAAAGCUGAAGUGGAGACGCGAGAAAAAUAAAACAAAGACAGAUUUUAAUAAUAUAAAUAACGUGACCACACCACGUGACCCGCCUUGUAGCCAAGAGGCGACAGACGAGGUUAUAACAACGCCUCCUAAGAGACACAAUGUGACCAUGGUACUCGGAAACGGCAUUGCGGAACCAUCGGUUAUCUAUGACGUCCACAGCAAUCCGAAUUUGUCGCGGGAAUCGACCGACCUCGCGCCCGUGGAAACACCAGAAAAGAUCAAGACCGUAUCGGAGAGUAUUGACUUCUCUUUGAUCGACACCACGUCCUCGAGUCUCCCGGGAACGCCUUCUGACAUGAGCAUCAGUACGGAACAGCACAUCCAAGAAACGGAACAGCUGCUAAGCAACAUCGCCGACGCCGACAGACGCCGUAAGGAAGAACGUAAACGUCAGCUUGACCAAAUAAAUCAACGUCGUGAAGCGAAACGUCAGCAGACCCAACAGACGCCAAGAGACGCUCGAACACGGAUCGGGGGAGGAGCUAGACGUGUAACCUAGCAACGGCCACAGUGUCUUAUAUGAAUACUUUUCCAUCAGCAAA